CUUGAUAAAGGUUAUACGUGAGUGAGGUUCUCAAACAACGCAACUGAAAAUAACAAAAUAAGGCAUGUUGUCCUUCAUUUCCCGGUUUCUGCCAAGUGUUCCUACUUGGCUAACACCAAGUGCUAUUCCUUUACAUAGUAUUUUACAAGGGCUUGUGGGUGCUUGUGGAAUCUGGGUUCUUCGUAACCUUUUAAAAACAUACUUGUUUGUUGAGGCACAGAGUAUCGCAGAUCCUGAAACAGACGUUAAACGACGUAACAGACUAAAUGGUGGACUAACAGAAAAAAUUCAGUUCUGGAUCCUAACAGUGGUUCUUUCAGUUGUGGGGUCCCGCGUUGCAUCACUAGUAGUUUUGGAGUUCUCUCUUAGAGCCAUUUCAGCAAGGCUCACAGGAGGAUCAGACUCAAUAAUUGACCCAUUGUUUCUGCUGCUUGUCCAGUGCCAGUUCUCCUUGGGCUGCGCAUUAACCUGCAGCCUUAAUUUCCUCCAUGAGGGGGCACCGCAAGGCUGGCUAAGCCUCCUCCUUGCAGUUGGACUGAGCUGGUUCUUGGCAAACCGGUGCAGCAGAGUAUGGCGACAUGUAAAUACAAUGUAUUCAAUACAUAGUACACAGCGCUAUUGUGGACUGUGCAUUGGACUAUUAACCACUGGCAGUUCUAUAUUAACCUGGCUCUGCAGUGCCCUAAUUAUAACUUUUAGUGUAUCUGGAAUUGCUGCUAUAUCAAACAUAAACCAACACUUUCUAUCAACCACUGAGGCUCUGAGAUUUUGGACCCCACUCACAAUCUGCUACACUCUGCUGGUUGUGUACAUGAAUGAGGAUCGACAUCAUCCGCCUGGCCAGCAGAUUCUCAAUACAGUUGUUGUGCGACUGGGUGGGCUUUUUGUGUUACUGAUUACAGUGGGCAGCUGGUCAGAUGUACUCCAUGUAUUAAUCUGCUUCACUGGUGAAGCUGCAUGCCUGUUUACAUCUCAAGACCUUUUGGAAGCUAUAUACCAGCAUGUCACCUACGUGCCUAAAGGCCCAUUAAAAAGACCUGGAAAUCGGGGAGAACUAAGGAAUUUCGAAAGGAAACUGGACUAGGCUUGGAUGAAAACAAACUUGACCUAUAUAUUUAUUUGUAUAUACACACACACAACUCUGCAAAAUACAAUCUAGGUUGUCUGAAGAAAAAAAAAGCAACAUUCAAGUAUUUAAGAGAUAUGUGCCUUUCAAUUCCUAAAUAUUUCAAGCCGAUUUAGUCCCUUACCAUUUUAGUACUGCAUGAAAAAAACAUAUGAAUGCCUUCCAUAAUAAUAAAUAUAGCUAUUCAAUAUCUGUAUGUAUAUGGUGAAUUACAUUUCCUCUACAGCUAUAGUCCUAUAUAUAUAUAUAGCAAGCAAUAUUCAUUUUGAUUAUAUAUGACUUGGAUAGGAACAGUAACAAAUUUGGCCAGGGUCACCCAGGCAUUAUAAUAAAGACAACUAACACAACAAAAAGAGUUAAAAGUAGCAAUUACACUCACUAAAUAAUUGCGUCUUGUCUUUUAACAUUUUUUAGCCCUGUAACAAUUCAGUUCUGUCAAUUCCUUGGAAGCAGCCAAGCGCUAAAGAAGUUAAACUGAAUUUGAACCCCAAAAUAGCUCCACUGGAAACAAAAUGGCCGCGGCGCUGUCAUUUCUUUUGUUGUGCUGGGUUUUGUCUACACUAGGUUAUGCUCAAAAUGGCGUCAUAUUUCAAAGAACAUUUUUUCGAUAACUGGCGCCAAAAAUUACUAACUGAACAUUCAAGAACAUCGAGUGUGUGAUCUGUUUGUUACGCGAAAAUCGCUCUGGUAUGCAAUCUGUACGUGUUUAAUUCUCCACGGUGAGGCUGUUCCAGGACGUUUUAAAGCGCUCAAACACACAAGAACAAAACAUUUCUCUCAAACGCAUUCCACAUUCUGUCGCUUUUUUGUUUACAAUCCCGCCGUUUCCUCUGUCGAAUAAAUACAUUACACUUAUUCUUAUCAAUUUGGUAAAGCAAUAAAUGUCUUCACAUCCUUAGAAGUUUGCCACACCGUCUUGUGUUUAGGAGCAAGAAAAAAAAGAACAUUUGAUGUCCAAGUAUCCAGGGGAUUCAUUUAUUGUAUAACAUACAACAUUGUUUAGGCCUAAAGUGCGUUUUUUUGUACAUCCAACGUGCAACCAAUCCCAAAUCCAAUCCCAAAAGAACUGUCAAAGAAUUACAUUUUAUUAGUUCUAUUCCAUAAAUAUUAAGGAUUUAGGCAGAUCCAGAAAGUCCGUGCAAUUCCAGUAAAAACUCUAGACUGAAUCUGAAGAUGUGGCUUGCUCAAGAUCCAGCUUGAGAAACUGCUCCACCUCAGCACAAGUUCCAGAAUUUUCUGCUACUCAGAGAGGGUUUGUGAUCGCUCUUUGUCAAAACUCCAUGUGGGCGUGAAAAGCGCACGCGCGAUUCAUCCAUUGCGGUCCCUGUUUUGCCGCAUUCUGGCGCAUGCGUGAACCAAAUCAUACGCCUCGUGCAUAGUUGGAAAACAGACAAAUGUUUGUUUUAAUAAGGAAAUGUUACGUGAUUGGGUAUUAUCUUGGGUGUUUCUUCAAGACAGCAUUUAAUUGCCACAAUAAGCUAGUGAUUAAUCAUCGCCUUUAUUUACAUUUUAGACGCUUGUUCCCAAUUGUUAACAGGCUGUAAUGUCGUUAAUUAUUAAGCUUACAUUUGACGUGAUGCUUGUCAUUUCAAUUAACUAAUCAUGUUACAGACAUCGUUCUUGUCCUUGAAGUUAAAAUGGGGAGAUGUCCGACUACUAAUCUCCCACAAAUAUACAGACGGAACUAUUAUUAGGGAGAAUCAUCCAGUUGACUAAAUUAUUUCUGCACUAAAUGCACUAGUUCACCCGAGUAGAGGAUCUCGUUAUGUCUUUUGUUUUGACUUGUGAGUCAACAGACUGUUCCCACCUGGAUUAUGGGAAAACAAAUGGAUGUGCAAACGUAUACAAAGCAGCAGUAGGCUACUGAAGCUAGUACUGUCAACACAUGUCCUGCCACUGACUCAUGAAUAAAGAGUUUGCGGUAAACCACAUGUCUCGUUCAUUUUACACCCCAAGAUUAUGAUUAACUUGCAUUUUUAAAGUCAUGUUCAACAAACAGGCGGCCAAAUGUCAUACUAAAGCAAAGGCAAC